UUUUUCUCUGACUCCUUACAGCCUCCAGAGGACACCAGCUUGCCAGCAGCUCUGAGGCAGAGAACAGAAGCCCCAUGUCUCCGACUCAGACUGUGUCUAGGUCACUCCCAUUGGUCACAGAUGGAGAAGGCACUGCACGCUGGUUCUCGACCGACAGCAAGACAUUCACAGAUGUGACAGGAAGCUCUACUUUCUAUCCUGAUGUUGUGAACGCUUCGGAUUUGACUCAGUUCUCAGCCUCUGCCCCACAGUCUAGAGGAAGCGACACAGCACUGGGUGAUAGGGGCUACUCUGAGCCGGCCACCGAGACUUUGUCUUCACCUGCCUCAAAGAACCAGAAUUCCUCCUCACCACGUGGUGAACGCUCCACCACUGAAGACGGUCCUGAGCUGAGAGUCAUUUCCGAGGCACAGGAGGGGACUUCCGAGGGGGCGACUGGAGCCCGUGCUCCCAGCCCGCACACUUCAGCCACUUUCACUGGAAGCGGAGAGCGCACGCUGAGGUCUCUGACCAACGGGAGCACCACUCCUGGGGACGUGGGGCACUCUGUGGCGGCGCCCAGAGAAACAGAGAGUGCCACCCAGCAGGGGAAUGUGACCAUGACUGAUGACGCCCACCUGGUCUCGGGUUCACCAGCGGCCUCGCCUGCCCUUGGAGGUGACGAGCAGAAUCUCUUCCCACGUUCCUUCAGCUCAUCUGUCAGUUUGCUCACAGCCCUAGAAUGAUUAAGUUCACUCUCA